AUGACACUCCCAUUAGGAGCUGUGCAGCUAGCUGUGGUCUCAUUCAUCGUGGGCCCCAUGGCUAUCAUCGCUGUGGCGCUAAGACUGUGGUCCAGAUAUCUACAGGGAAGGAAGCUGGCUGCAAAUGAUUACUUGGCAUUGGUAGCAUUGGUAUUGGCUGAAUCUGCUUUGUCCGUGUUUCUGGCAGCUGGCUUUGCUGCUGGCUUGGGAGUUCAUUUAGAUGAGCUCUUAGCAAGAGAACCUCAAAAGUUUGCCCUGCACAUGAAGCUUUUCGUGCCUGCACAGCUGCUGUGGGCAGUAGCGAACUCGUGUGUUAAGGCUUCGAUAUUGUACCUCUACAUCGACCUCUUUCCCAAUAAGGUCUUUUGCCGUUUGUGCUAUGGCACCCUGUUCACCACUGCCGCAUACUUCACCAUGGUACUGCUCGAAACCUUCGCGCUUUGCAAACCGGUCCAAUAUAACUGGAAUAAAUCGAUUGAAGGACAUUGCACUGGUGAAAAUAUUGCUUACCUCGUUGCUGGCAUUGUCAAUCUCACCAUUGACACUUUCAUUGUUAUUCUACCGAUGCCUUUGGUUUUCAACUUACAACUGAUUUUAUCAAAAAAGAUUGCCGUCUCUGCAAUGUUUAGCCUUGGCGUGUUGAUUUGUGUUAUUUCUUUGUUGAGAGUCGUUUGGUUGUGGACUUGGAAUCUAGCUGACAUGACCUACACCGUUACACCCGGUGCCAUUUACUCGGUAUUGGAACCAAACCUUGGCGUUGUAAACGCGUGUUUACCCACAAUAAAACCUGCUAUCAACGAGCUCUUUGGGUCUUGCACGCUCCAUGGUGCGAAAGGUAGUUCCAACAGCGGUGGUGUUUAUAGUAGCAGAUCCAGUCGAAAGCUCAACGGAAAAGUGAAAGGCAACCUUACUCGGGAUUUCGAGCGGCUUGAUGAUGAACUUGCACUACAUGAGGUGCACAUCAACAGUCAUUCAAAUGUUGGUCUCAUCAGCGGUGACCACAAAUCGUCGAGUCCAAGUUUACCUUGA